UUCAUUUUGAUUGUUUUGAUUUUCAAUAUACGGCGUAUAUUAUAACCUACUGUAAUUCACUUUUUUUCUUCUCAAAAUUAUUUUAAUUGUGAUAAUUUGUUAAUAAAUUGCUGUUUCUAUUGUGAUUAUGGAUUCAGAUAGAAAUUCACCUUUCAAUGUUCCUAUUGGAAAUGUGGGAUUUAAAUCACCUUACUUAAAUCUUGAUCCUAAAAUAUUUUUAGGCAAUCAAGAAUCGUCUGAUUACAUUUAUCUAGAUGGUGGUAAUCGACCUUCUCGUGGUAGAUUUGAAUUAGCUUUUAGUCAAAUUGGAGGUUCUGUUAUGGCUGGUGCUUCUAUUGGUGGAGUUAUUGGUUGUUAUAAUGGAUUUAAAUUAACAUCACUAAAUACAGCAGCAAUCGAUUCUAAUCAUGUUAAUAAACCUCUUUCAUGGGCAGUUCGUAGAUCACAAAUAUUAAAUUACAUUGGAAAAACUGGUGCUGUCACUGGAAACACGUUUGGUGUAGUUGCUUUACUCUAUUCAGCUAUUGGAGUUGGAUUAGGUUUUUUAAAUGAUACAAAUGAAGAUAUAAAUACAGUUGCUGCCGGAACUUUGACUGGCGUCUUAUUUAGAGGUUUAUCAAACCCACAAGUUACAAAUGAUGUCGCAAAAGAAUUAAUCAAAUCUCAAUUAUGGCAAGUUAGAUUACGACGAUCACUAAUUGGUGGCUUAAUAGGAGCAUCAUUAUCUUCGCUAUUUGUUCUAGCAACAAAUAAAGAGAAAUAUCUUAAAAGAUGAAAGACUUAUAAAAAUUAUAAGUUUAGAAACUAGUUUAUAAUUAACCUGUAAUAUUGUAAAUCUGUUAAAUUGUUGAAACAAACCACAAUCUUUGAUUGUAAUGAAAACUUUUUUUCUGUCUUGAUGCAUCUUGUAAAAUGGAUUCAAAUUAAUAAUCAAAACUACUUACCACUGAUUAUUUCGACAUUAGAUUGAUGAA